AUGCUUAAGUCCUGCAUAGCGCAUCUASAUGGUCUAAACUAUGUCUAUUGCCUCACUAAGUCCCCUCUCAUUCCCAGUAUUCCCCAGGUCAACUCAUUUGGCUGCAUUUGUGCAAAUGGUUUCCAUGGUACACUUUGUGAAAUCAAUAUUGACGAUUGCCAUAGUAACCCCUGUCAAAACAAUGCCACAUGYCAAGAUCUUGUCAAUGAAUACCAUUGCUAUUGUGUCCCAGGGUAUGCUGGGAAGCACUGUGAGAUAGAAAUCAAUGAAUGUGUUAGUGACCCAUGUCGUCAUGGCAGCACGUGCAUUGAUCAGGUCAAUAACUAUGCUUGUACAUGCACCAAGGGAUUCACUGGCAAAAACUGUCAAGUUAAUAUCAAUGAUUGCCAUAGUAACCCAUGUAAACAUGGUGGGAUAUGUGCUGAUGGGAUARGYGAAUAUCAAUGUGUCUGUCCGUCUGGSUACACAGGAAAAGACUGUCAUAUUGAUGURGAURAAUGCUUGUCUUCACCCUGUCAAAAUGGAGGGACAUGUAAGAAUCUUAUCAAUGAGUACCAGUGCAAAUGUGUGCCAGGAUUUAAUGGUGUUCARUGUGAAAGCAACWUCAAUGAWUGUUUAUUAUCUCCRUGUUUUAACAAUGGUACCUGUAGAGACCUGGUCAAUGAUUACCAAUGCAUCUGUAAAGCUGGUUUUACUGGUAGGAAUUGUAGUAUCAAUMUUGAUGACUGYACCCAUCAUGGCUGUAAAAAUAAUGCCAGCUGUGUUGAUGCUAUUGAUUCUUACCAAUGUAUCUGUACAAAUGGCUUUACUGGUUAUCAAUGUGAAACCAACAUUGAUGAUUGUCAUCCUGUCAAUCAUUGUCAAAACAAUGGUAUCUGYGUGGAYGGUGUUGGUGGCUAUAAGUGUGUGUGUCCUGYUGGGUUUAUUGGUAYUGACUGCAGUGUUAACAUAGAUGAUUGUAUUGGUGUUCCAUGUCGUCAUGAUGGUGUGUGUAUUGAUCUUAUCAAUGGUUAUAACUGCUCCUGUCCUAGUGGUUACACUGGUACUAAUUGCAAUAUAGAUAUCAAUGAAUGYCAAAGCAAUCCAUGCCAAAAUGGAGCAACAUGUGUCAAUCUUGCCAAUGCCUACAAGUGUCACUGUGUUGAUGGAUAUGACGGUGUCAACUGUGAACAUGAUAUUGAUGACUGUCWRUCAAGACCAUGUCAUGGUGGAGAGUGUAUAGAUAUGGUUAAUAACUAUAGGUGUAAUUGCACUGUGGGUGUCUAUGAUAGGACGUGUGCUAAUAACAGCGAUUCAUGUCAAUCAUAUAAGUGUAAUAAUGGUGGAACAUGUCUGACUCUAAAUAAUUCCACAUAUAAGUGUGUCUGCCCACGUGGUUACACUGGAGUAGAUUGUGAGACCAAUAUCAAUGACUGUYUUUCCAAYCAUUGUCAGAACAAUUCUACUUGUAUUGAUGGCCUAAACAACUAUAYCUGUAUCUGCCCAAAAGGUUUCACGGGAACCCUGUGUAACAUUAAUAUUGAUGAUUGUGUGACGUCACCAUGUUCUAAUGGCGGUACGUGCAUAGACCUUGUCAAUGACUAUUACUGUAAGUGUUUGCCUGGUUACAAUGGUCGUACGUGUUCAGUAGAUAUAAAUGAGUGUAGUUCUCUACCAUGUGGGUUCAGUGGUUAUUGUAGUGAUCUCAUCAAUGGAUAUAGAUGUACCUGUAAGCCAGGUUACACAGGUCAAGCAUGCKCUAUUAAUAUUGAUGAGUGCCAGUCCUCACCGUGUCAAAAUGGCGGUUUAUGUGUCGACCAUGUCAAUYACUAUGAAUGUUUAUGUCAGCCUGGCUAUGCUGGAAUCAACUGUCAYAUCAACAUCGACGACUGYGCUCCUKYACCUUGCCACAACGGAGGAAACUGCACCGAUUACGUCAAUUAUUUCAUCUGCUCAUGUGCUGUUGGGUUURCUGGGCGUCGAUGUGAAAUCAAUGUUGAUGAUUGUGCUCAGUCUCCYUGCAGACAUGGAGGGACGUGUAAAGACUUGGUYAAUGACUAUUAUUGCCAUUGUCCUGUUGGUUUCACAGGGAAGCAUUGCGCCGUUGAUAUCAAUGAAUGUUCUUCACAGCCUUGUGUCAAUGGUGCAUGUAUGGAUCGUGUUGGACAUUUUGAAUGCGUCUGUCACUCAGGAUUCACAGGGCAAAGAUGUGAUGUCAAUAUUGAUGACUGCUCGUCGUCGCCAUGCCAACACCAAGGMACWUGUAUCGACAUGAUAAGUGGGUUCAUGUGCAAAUGUCCAGCGGGUUUCCAGGGGUUGACAUGUGCACAUGAUAUUGAUGACUGUGUAACUCAGCCUUGUCUUCAUAAUGGCAGUCAAUGUAUCGAUCAGGUCAGCGGCUACACGUGUUUAUGUCAAGUCGGCUAUACUGGUAUWAACUGUACKGUUAAUAUCGAUGAUUGUUCAAGUUGGCCCUGUUUGAGUGGAGGGACAUGUAUCGAUGGUGUGAACGAGGUCCAGUGUMUAUGUCCCAUCGGUGUUACAGGGCAUUUUUGUGAAAUACCUAUGAACGACUGUGCGUCGUUGCCAUGCCUUAACGGAGGGAGCUGUAAAGAUCASCAUAACGACUACGACUGUGACUGUCUGCCUGGAUUCACCGGCAAAAACUGCAACGUCUCACGAGAUUUAUGCGACCCUAAUCCGUGCAWUAACAAUGGUGUUUGUAGAAAGCACCCUUUAACCGGAUAUACCUGUAUAUGCCCGAAACGGAUGACGGGAAGAAACUGUGACGUCAUGACUACGUCUUGCGGUAUAGAUUCCCCUUGUUUGAACAAUGCCACGUGCCUUGCCACGCCCUCUGGUUUCCAGUGUCUUUGUCUAGCUGGCUUCACGGGCGAGCGAUGUCAAAUCGGUUGUAAUCACGAGACGUGUAAGCACGGCGGAACGUGUGUUGCUUUGUYCAGUGGCUACAAGUGUCAAUGUCGUCUAGGAUACAUGGGAAAUGAUUGCCAGAUGAUUGACAGGUGUCAUUCAUCGCCAUGUUUGAAUGACGGCAAGUGUGUAGUGCAAGGUGAGAUGCAGUACUGUAAGUGCAGACGAGGAUUUUCAGGAGACGUUUGUCAAAAUGCAUUCAAUCACUGCAAAGUGAGACUAGCCAAUAGUGACCUGACUUUCCCGUCCAAUGUCUGUGGACCACGUGGUGUAUGCAUCAGUAAGCCUUCGGGAUUCCUUUGUUCCUGUCAUCCGGGAUACACUGGUGUUCUGUGCCAAGCAGAAAUUAGUGAAUGCAGUUCUUGUCCAGYAAACUCAACGUGUGUCAGCAAGAAAGGGACAAUGGUAUGUGAACCAAAUGGCGAAUUAACUUCUCACAAAAAAGUUGACCAACAACAACGAGGUACAAUGGAAGUCAUAACAAYAGUGAUUGUUCUCGCUUGUCUGAUGGUAGCUGUCAUUGUUGUGCUGUUGGUGAUCAAGUGGAGGAUGACGAAAUCCACCAGAAUGCCGCUGACAACCAAUCAUCCUGACAUGCUAUCUUCAUCGUUCCCAGAGGACAUCACGUUUGUCAAUCCGACUUUCCAGUCAAACGAAGAAGAAAUGUUUUACACGAGACCAUUUGACCCAGUCCCCUGUCGGCCGUGUGAUUUCACCAAAAUCAAAACUGAACGAUCGUCAUCUCUACCAGACCUCAUCUCUAUGGAAACUAAAGAAGAUCACUUGAACAGAGGUUCUUGGGAUAUGCACCAUGAUGCACUGCGGCCAAUGAGAGACAGUCGGACUUGUAUGGAUUAUCUUGCGUCAUAUCCGACUCACAAGACAAUWGAUGAUUCCAAAUCACGCGGCGAAUCUUUUUCUCACCAAUGUAACACGAUUGAUUUAUGUGUCGACCAAUCACGAGUUUCGAUGUCAAAUAAUUUCACUCAUCCAUGCGAUCAAAUAGACAAAUAUGACGACGAAUCAUGUACCCCAGUAGACGUAUCACGUGAUACUGUGGAUUUGUCACGUGAUGCAGAAGACAUGGAAUUCAAACCCACGAUCAGAUCUCAUGGUUUAUCACGUGAUUCAAUGGACAAGAGUAGCGAAUCUAAAGAGUGGUUCGAUACUUAUUUAUAGAUCUUCUGUCGUUGAAAUUGUGGAUGUACUAAUUCAUUUGAUCUUUAAGACGUUUUCUUCAAUUAAGGCUGAUCACUCCAGUUGUUGUUUCGASCAUAACAAUUGACAAUUUCAAUCAAUAACGUUCGCCGUGUCAAACAUGGAUGGCGGAUAGAUAGUUGAACGAUAAUUUUUAUUUAAGGCGUAUUCUUAAACAGUGGCUUGUAUAUAAAGGAUAUUGCAUUAUUUGAGGA